AUGCCUCUUCACCAGUGGGCCAUGGCUAAGACAUGGCUGCUGCUUCUCCUGGGCCUCAGGUGUCAGGCUCUACCUGCAGGCAUCGCUGGCACCCCCUUCCCUUCUCUGGCUCCACCCAUCACACUGCUGGUGGAUGGAAGGCAGCACAUGCUGGUGGUUUGCCUGGUCCUCGAUGCAGCACCCCCUGGCCUUGACAACCCUGUCUGGUUCUCAGCCGGCAAUGGCAGUACACUAGACGCCUUCACCUACGGGCCCUCUCCAGCACCAGAUGGCACCUGGACUAGCCUGGCCCAGCUUUCCUUGCCCUCUGAAGAGCUGGAAGCCUGGGAGCCCUUGGUCUGCCACACCAGGCCUGGGGCUGGGGGCCCGAACCGAAGUACAGCCCCUCUCCAGCUGUCAGGGGAAGCUUCCACAGACAGGACCUGCUCUCAGGCGCCUCUCAGGGAGACACGGCGUCAGGUCCUGCGGCUGAGCGUUGUGCGUCUGCUCCUCUUCAAGCUGCUUCUGCUCGAUGUGCUCCUGACCUGCAGCCGCCUCUGUGUGCUGGCGGGCCAGCACCUACGGCCACCAGGCUCAUGCAAGCCCCUGCCUCCCACCCACCAAAUUUGGACAUAG